AUGUUUUUUUUCAAUGUGUUGUGUGGCAAAGUUAUAGACGUGUCGAAGUUAGAUGAUAUUCAAAGUCAGAUUGUCACGACUUUGUGUAUGCUAGAGAAAUACUUCCUUCCGUCGUUCUUUGAUAUCAUGGUUCAUUUAACUGUCCAUCUGGUACGUGAGGUUAAAUUAUGUGGACCAGUAUGGUAUAGAUGGAUGUACCCAUUCGAGAGAUACAUGCGAGUAUUAAAGAGUUAUGUGAGAAAUCGAAAUAGACCAGAAGGGUGCAUGGCAGAAUGUUAUAUUGCUGAAGAGGCUGUCGAAUUUUGCUCAGAGUACCUAUCUUUGCGCAUGUUGUAUAUUUACGGCAAGCGUUCGGGCAACAGCCAUAUAACUAUUGAACUUGAUGAUAAUGUCUUCGGAGUUAAGCACAACUUAUAUGUAGACAUGGAAGACAUCGUGCCUUUCUGCGAGUUGAAGCCAAUAUCUUAUAUGUGUAUUGCUACCUAUGUAUGCUUCCUACAAAGCAAGUUGAACAUGCUGCCUUGGGCCGAUAUGGUUAGAUUUGUUGACCCAUUGAAUAUAGGCUAUAUUCCAACGACGAAAAAGGAUGCAGAAACUGCGAAUGAGCAUAUGGAAUUUAGAGCACGAGAAUUGUCAAAAAGGUUGAUUGAUACAAAAAGCAAUCAAAUUUUCUUAGCUCCGUGUAAUGUGAAAUAUCAUUGGAUUCUCACGGUGAUUGACCCUAAUAAGGGAGAGAUUGCUAUCUUGGAUUCCCUCUACAAAGGAAUUCAUGAUAAAAUUUGGAAAGAAGUCGUGGAAUUGGCCUUAAGGUUGUUCAAUAUGGAGAAGAGAAAGAAAGGAAAAAAGAAGCCUGAUUGGACAAUACUGAAGGUUCCGAAACAACCGGACUUGACUCAAUGUGGUUUCUAUGUGAUGAAGUACAUGAGAGAGAUAGUGAUAAAUAGUCAUCCUUGGACGAUUGGUUCUCUACAAUCUUUGUUCAAUGCUCAUGAAAAGUAUUCAAAUGAAGAGAUAGAUGUAGUGCGAGCAGAGUGGGCUGAUUGUGUUCAAGAAUAUAUAAAGGAGUAAAAGGAUAUAUAGUGGUGAUGGCAAAGAAGACAAUCUUGGACGUAUUGGUUGAUGCAUCACAUUUUGAAGGAACGAAGGAGCACCAAGUGUUAACUCAUUUAAAUGCUAAGAUUCAAUUUAUUUGGUAGUGGAUCCACAAAUCAUGUUUAUUCAUUUUAGUUAUAGUUUUUGUUAGAAUUUAGCUUAAAUAUUAUUUUGUAAUGGAAUAUGGUAGAAUUGAUUUGGUCGAAUCUUUAUUGUAAUGAAUAUUGAAAUUUUAUAAUAAUUAUAUUAUAAAUGAAAAUGAUUUUCUUA